CUCCAUCCAAAUUCUUAGUCGUGGUCACACUCACUCACUCACUACUGGCAGCCCUUUCGUCCACCGACCCUCCACCCUCCCUUUCCGAACAGUUUCUCUUCUGGUUGAUACUAACCCGUACAUCUGUGGUGCAUUUCUGUCGCUUUCCGGCUGUUAGGGACAUCGUGUCGACCUCUGUUUUUCCCCCAGACAACCACUUUCUUUUGGAAGCCCGCGCUUCUAGCGGUUGACACUGCAACGCUACAGCAUUCCUUCUAAGACCUCUUCAGCGCGGGCCCUCAGGAGCCUUGCCCCGUUUCUCUCGUUUUCAGUCGGGGAAUUCGCAUUCCAGCCUCUCACCAGCGAGCUCGUAUUCACUCUGCAACCAUCUGUUCAGUUGUCCAGCGAACGAACAAACGGCCGACUUCGUUUACAAUUCCACGAGUUUCCCCCCAGAUGUCGGCAUUCUAGUGUACUUUUUCUCCUGUGUUAAGAUGGCCGAACUCGCAAAUCAUCCUCUCCCUCCGACUCCUCCCCCUGCCAUCUACUCCCCUCCUUUGCGAAGCGACAGUCCUCGGAUCAUAGAACCCAUGGAAGAGCGGGGAAAUGUACAUAUACCUGCAGUCAAAUCAAGCAAUUCGCAGUCGAGACAGAUGAGCUACCCUUCGAUAUCCAUGUCCCCGGCGGACACAAGACCAACAGACGAUGUGCAUGCUCUCGCAGACGCUGCUGCCGAAGUCCAAAUUCACCCUCCGGAAACCGCCAUGUCCAGAACUCCUGACCCUGUGGCUCCGAAUAGGACGCUGACUCCUCAGCCGUCCUUGCACCUCGAUCCCAAUAGGCUCUCUCCGACGCCUCAGGCAAUGCUCCGAGGCCGACCUGGAGAUGGCGAGCCAGUGGGUGCUGACCAUCGACGAGUCUCCUCGGAAAAUUUCUCUGCAAGAGAAGGCAUCGAAUUGACGCCUUUUCAAAAGAAGUCCAUGCGGCACGCAUCGACCUCGGCCAUUGAUCCAGAAAUGUCUGCUGCCACUUCCGAGCCGUUGCGGUAUCACCACCAGUGGGCAGACGACGCUGAACUGACGUCGUUGAACAAGCGAGCCUCAAAAUUGACCAUUGCCACGGAUGGCUCUGGGGGAGACAGCAUCCGCAACAGCAUCUAUGGCAGAAGCAUGCAAAGACCUGACUCGGGCUUCUCAAGUACUUCCGACUUCCGCGGGCGGACCAACUCACCACAUGCCUCCCCGGCUGGUCGGCCUAUCUCGCGCGGUUCGAGGUCACCCGAUACACGGCCGCUGUCUUACGUUGAUCUUUUGAACGUCCCAUAUCCCCAGCCCGCACCAAGCGGAGCAGAGCAUCUGGUGAAUUCAGGUCUGCGAUCGGUUGUCGGAGCCAAUGCUUCGUUAAUGUCUACGAGGAAGACCCUGGAGAUGUAUCGAGCAAAUGUCAAAAAGACCCAGGACCCUGCCGUCCAGUACGAAUUUGCGAUCUUCAUGAUCAGCGCCGCACAAGAGGAGGGUCUAGAGUCCGACGCCGUGUCCGACGCCGCACACUCUGAGAAAUCACAUACAUCGGUUCGCGAGGACCUAUUAAAGGAGGCAAAGCAUAUUCUACAAAGAUUAGCAGAUCGAUCGUAUCCAUUCGCCCAGUACUACCUUGCAGACGGGUACGCUUCGGGGCUAUUCAACAAGGGCAAAGAAGACUGGGAUCGUGCGUUUCCUCUAUUUCUGGCGGCGUCGAAACACGGCCAUGCCGAGGCGGGCUACCGCACUGCAUUGUGUUACGAGUUUGGUUGGGGCUCACGGGUGGAUGCAGCCAAAGCGGUACAAUUUUAUCAACACGCGGCAAGCAAGAACCAUCCCGGUGCCAUGCUUCGGCUGGGACGAGCAUGCCUCACCGGUGACAUGGGUUUGACCAAGCGAUAUCGCGAGGGCGUGAGAUGGCUCAAGCGAGCUGCGGAAUCGGCAGAUUUCCAGUACAACCAAGCUCCUUUCGACCUGGGCUGCCUCCACGAGACUGGCUUCGGCCCCGACGUCUUCAAAGACGAGUCGUACGCUGCCCAGUUGUACACUAAGGCAGCCGAUCUAGGACAUGUCGAAGCAAACUACAGACUCGGUGAAGCGUAUGAGUAUGGACAACUCAAUUGCCCCAGAGAUCCAGCCCUCAGCAUCCAUUUCUACACCGGAGCCGCAGAACGUGGCCAUGCAUUGUCACAAAUGGCGCUGUGUGCGUGGUACAUGGUGGGGGUUCCCGAUGUACUGGAGAAAGACGAGGCCGAAGCCUAUGAAUGGGCCAAAAAGGCAGCAGAACAAGGAUUGGCAAAGGCGCAAUAUACUCUUGGCUAUUUUACGGAGAUGGGCAUUGGAUGUCGCCGUGAUCCGCUUGAGGCGAACGUUUGGUACGUCCGUGCAGCGGAUCAAGGAGAAGAGAGAGCCAAACAUCGAAUUGCCGCCAUCCGGGCUGCUGGGGCAGGGGCAGAUCCUCUCACGGCGGCAGCUGGCAAGAAAGGAGCCUUGACCACCAGUAAGAGCACGGGAAAUGUUGGACCUCAGGAAGGAGAGAAGAAGAAGAAAUUUGGCAUCUUUUGAGAUCGACGCAGGCAGAGACAGCAUGCAGCGGGCCAACCAAUAUUUUGGGAUAUAAUCCGCAUUCUGGCUGGGAGGUUUGUCAUCACAUUAUCGAGGACGAAAGCGUGCAUCGGUGCCGUGUUGUAUUUGGGGGAAAGAGGCGAACGGCGUCCAUCUAUUUUGCUGCCUUCAUGGGGCCACGACCAGCUAAUGCACGGAAAAGGAGAGAAAGAGGCGCAUUUUCGAACGAAGUGGACGGAGAGCGUACGACGCACGAUCCCGGCGAUUCAAAGCAUAGCGAGGCUGGAAAAACAAAAGACAUAUUAUGGGUAAUCAUGGGCAGAGAGAUGUAAAAGCGAAUCCGAGAGCUGACGAUGAAAUUGGAUGGAUAUCUCUCAGGGGAAGUAUUCAGUUGACCAGUUGCUGUGGCUGUACCAUGCAUGAUAGGGGAAGGAAAGAAUAUCACAAAAGACCAGACCAAUGCGAGAUGAUUGUCAACUUUGGAACUCGUUGUUUCUCGUUCUAUCUUGACCACAUUAUUGGAUGUCCUCACAGGGACCAUCUCCCGAAUUGUCCUACAAGUGUGUACCGAGUACGACGAGUACUUGUCGCUGAGCCAAGCAAAAACUCCAGUUCUCCCGCCCAGUCCUCCCAGAGCUGUCCUGACCUCUUCGGGAAUGUCCUAUUA